AUGGACACCGACGUACACCUACCUACAGUCCUCCUACAUACAUACAGGACCGCUAGAUCCCUUAGCCUCGUUCGCCAAGGACCAAUCACGCCGGGUGGAGCCCCUCCGCUUUUUCUUGCCUGCGCCUUGGGUGGCCCUGACAUCAUCGCGUCAGUUGGCGCAGAUUGUGCUGCAUUGUGGUGGUUUCCCAAGGAGGUCAAAAUCCGACGAGUGUGGUUGAUAUGGUUGAUGAGAAGGGCAGAGAGAGUGAGAGAAGAAGAAGAGGGGAAAGGGAGGGAAGAAGAACAGAAGGCGAGCGUUGCGCAGGGCAAUCUUCUGCGCGUCGGGCGUGUCUGCUUCCCCGUAGCCCGAUCUCGGGCACUAGGCCUGGUCGGAACUAGCGUGCACUCCAAUUAA